AUGUCACUUAAUUUUUCCAACACUCAUAUAUUGAGUGAUAAUAUUGGAAGUGAUUAUACAGAUGAUUUUAAUUUAAAUACAAUUAACACUAUCAAUAAUAAUAAUAACAAUAAUAAUAAUAAUUUGAAUUUCGAUAGCAAUGAGGAGCCAAUGUUUUUUGUAGAUAAUGUCUCUUUUAAACCAUCAGAACCACUUAGAUCAGUAGCAGUAUGCAAUGGUAUUCUUGUUAUGACCACCAGAUCAAAUAUUUCACGUUUAGAUUUAAGAGAUCCAAAUCCAGAAAUUGAAGAAAUUAGAAUGACAGGUGAAAUUUAUAAAACAUUUUUGGAUCCAACAGGUAAUCAUCUUUUAAUUUGUAUGUUAAAUGAAGAAAUUCAUUAUCUUCAUGCACAUUCAACUUCAAGAAAACCAAAAUUACAAAAGUGGAAGGUAGAAUUAAUUGAGUCUGUUGCAUGGGAUAAUUCAUCACCAGAUAGAGCAAAUACACAAAAUAUCCUUCUUGGUUCAAAUAAAGGUAGAAUCUAUGAAACCGUUGUUAGUAAUGUCGAAAAAAGUAUUAUUUCAUUUUCAGCAAGUGCACCAUUAUAUAAAUUAUUACACUCAUUUGAAGAAAAUGAGCCAAUUUCAGGUAUGAGUUUAGAGAAAACACAAAAUAAAAACUUUUUAAUGGUAUCAACUCCAACAAGAUUAUAUUAUUUUUCACAAACUGGCACAUAUGAUCAAUUAUUCGAUAGAUCAAGAGUUAACUUUGACAUUAUACCAGAAGAUCCUAAUAUUCCAGCAACAAGAGCAUGUGGUGAAAUUAGAACAUUCGCAAAACAAAAUGGAGCUUUACCCCAAUCAUAUGCAUGGUUAGUUAGUUCAGGUAUUCACUAUGGAGAUUUAGUUUAUAAAGAAAAAGAGAAAUUUACAACAUCAUCAAUGAUGUUACAUUUUAGUCAAGAAAGUAAUAACAACAAUAAUAAUAAUAAUAAUAAUAAUAAUAAUAAUGGCGAUGAUCAAUCUACAUUACCACCAUAUCCACCAGUUUCAUUUGCACUUACAGAGUUUCAUUUCCUUUUACUUUAUGACGAUAGACUUAUUGCACUCAGUAAAUUAAACUAUCAAAUUGUUUUCGACCAUUAUUUUCAUGCCAAGGAGCGUUUAAGAGGCAUUGCAGUCGACCACACAGACAAAUCGAUUUGGAUCUGUGGUAAUAACUUGUAUAAUUUAACAGUAACUAAAGAAGAUAGAGAUGUUUGGAGAUUGUAUAUGGAAAAAGGUUUAUUCGAUAUAGCAUCAACUUUUGUACAGGCACCAUAUGCAGAACAGAAACUCGAUAAAAUUUGGCAAACUCAAGCAGAGCAUUACUUUAAAGAGGAACGUUAUGAAUUGGCAGCUACUUUCUUUGGUAAAACUCGUAAAGUCUUUGAAGAGAUCACACUUAAAUUCAUCAAUGCAAAUCAACGUGAUGCAUUAAAAACUUAUCUCCUCCAAAAGCUUAUCAAUCUUAACAGAGGUCAAGAAACACAAAAGACAAUUAUUUGUACAUGGCUCAUCGAAAUAUUUAUUAGCAAGUUAAACACUCUUCGUGAUCCAGUUAAUAAAGAUAAAUACAACAAGGUCAAUUCAGAAUUCCGUCAAUUUUUAGAGAAUUUCAAAGAUACAUUAAUAGUAAUCAAGGAUAUCACAUUCAAUAUUAUUAGUAGUCAUGGUGCAAUCGAUGAACUUUUAUUCUAUGCCAAUCUUAUUGAAGAUUAUGAAAGAGUAGUUAGUUAUCACAUUCAACAUCAACAAUAUGAAAGUGCUCUCAGUAUUUUAGUAACAUUAGAUAAAAAGAAACAUCAACCUCCUCCAACACAACAAAAUCAACAACAACAACAGCAACAACAACAACAACAAUCAAACUCACAAUUAGAAGAAUUAUUUUAUAAAUUUUGUCCAGUAUUAUUCCAUUUUAUUCCAUAUCAAACUUGUGAAGCAUGGAUUCAAACUAAACCAGGUUUCCUCAAUCCAAGAAAGUUAAUUCCAUCACUCAUGAGAUAUGAUCCAACUAAAAACCCACCAGGUCAACCAAAUCAAGCCAUUCGUUAUUUACAAUAUUGCGUUCAAAAACAAAAAGAUAACGAUCGUGCAUUACACAACUACCUUUUAUCAUUGUACGUCAAGCAAGAAGAUGAUCGUCCAUUAUUAGAAUUUUUAAAUGGUUAUGAAGUUUAUUACGAUUUGAAAUACGCUCUUCGUCUCUGUAUGAGAGAGAAAAAACUAAAGGCUUGUGUGUAUAUCUAUGGAGCUAUGGAGCUUUAUGAAGAGGCUGUCGAUUUGGCUUUAUCUGUUGACAUUGAUCUUGCAAAAGAAAAUGCCGACAAGGUUAGAGAUACUGAUGAAGAGUUAUGCAAAAAACUUUGGUUAAGAAUCGCUGAGCAUCAAGUUAAAAAAGAUGGUAAUAUUAAAGAGGCUAUGGAGUUCCUCAAGGCAUGCUCACUUCUUAAAAUUGAAGAUAUUUUACCAUUUUUCCCAAAUUUCACAGUUAUCGACGACUUUAAAGAGGAAAUUUGCAAAUCACUCGAAGAUUAUAAUUCUUACAUCGAUGAAUUAAAAGCAGACAUGGACGAUGCCACUAAAUCAGCACAACAAAUUCGUAAAGAUAUUCAAAAUCUUCGUAAUAAGUAUGGUUACGUUAGAGGCGACCAAAAGUGCGAUAUUUGUUCAUAUCCAGUACUAUCAAAAAGAUUUUAUUUAUUCUCUUGCCAACAUGUAUUCCAUAGCGAUUGUUUAAUUACUCAACUAAAUAAACACCUUCCAUCAUAUCAAAGACAAAGAAUUAGAGAACUCCAAAUGAGUAUCAAUAAUGAACAGCUUAUGGCUCUUUCGAGUGGUAAUUCCCAUAAUCAUUCAAAUCCAGCUAGUGGUUUAAUAAGUAAUAUCUCUUCAAUUUUAGGUAAAGAUUCAAGUUUGAACGAUUCUCAACAAAUUGAAGAUAAAGCAUCGCAAGAAGAUUUGGAUCGUAACGAAUUAGAUAGAAUAAUUGGUAAAGAAUGUUUAUAUUGUGGAGAUAUAAUGAUUAGAUCAAUCGAGCAACCUUUUAUUGGUUCUGAAGAAUUAGAGACAAUCGAGUCUUGGGAAAUUUAAAAAAAUUAAUUAUAAAUAAAAUAUAUAAUUAAAAAAUAAAUAAAU